AUGGAUGCAGCUCAUCAGGACAGGCCCGUGAACCUUGAUUUCGCUAUUACAAUGCUAAACUUCCUAAAUAAACCAAAAAUGUGUAACGUCGCUUUCAAUAAAUACAUAAUUGCCUUUGAUUCCACCGGUAUUACUCCUAUAAAUACUCCUUAUAACAUUACAAGUUAUCAUCCAUACAUUCCAUUGCACCAAGAUCCGUUUUCGAUUGCCCCGCUUGAAGCUUCAAACAUGAAAUUGCUCAUACCUUCACUAGCCAUAUCCAUACUCCUCAUUGGCCUGAUUUGUUCCCUUGCCGGAUUCGCAGCGGCACAGAACUCCCACCAAGACUUCGUCGACGAGCACAACGCCGCUCGUGCUGAAGUGGGGGUCGGCCCAAUCGCUUGGAACAGUACGGUCGCGGCUUACGCUCAGAAGUACGCGAACGAGCGGAUCGGAGACUGCAACCUCGAGCACUCCGGAGGGCCCUUCGGCGAGAACCUGGCCGAGGGCUAUGGCAUCCUGAGCGGCAGAGACUCGGUGAAGAUGUGGGUGGGAGAGAAGGGCAACUAUGACUACGACUCAAACUCCUGCGUAGGAGGCGAGUGCUUGCACUACACUCAAGUCGUGUGGCGCAACUCUGUUCAUCUAGGAUGCGCUAGAGUGAAGUGCAAUAACGGGUGGUUGUUCGUGAUAUGCAACUAUGAUCCUCCCGGCAACUACGAGGGCGAGCGGCCGUAUUGAACGGUCUAUUGAAGUUCUAAAUAAACUCGUAUCUUUCAUACGAUUACCGGAAUAAAUCCCUAUUUGAAACA